GGCGGCGGCGGCGGCGGGGCCGCCCCCCGCGCUGCCGGUGCCGCUCCGCUCCCGGUCCCGCUCCGCUCCCGCUGCGCUCCCGGCCCGGCCGCACCAUGAGGGAGAUCGUCCACAUCCAGGCGGGGCAGUGCGGCAACCAGAUCGGCGCCAAGUUCUGGGAGGUGAUCAGCGAUGAGCACGGCAUAGACCCCAGCGGCAACUACGUGGGCGACUCGGACCUGCAGCUGGAGCGCAUCAGCGUCUACUACAAUGAGGCCUCCUCUCACAAGUACGUGCCUCGCGCCAUCCUGGUGGACCUGGAGCCGGGGACGAUGGACAGCGUGCGCUCGGGUGCCUUCGGGCACCUCUUCCGCCCCGACAACUUCAUUUUCGGUCAGAGCGGGGCCGGCAAUAACUGGGCCAAGGGGCACUACACAGAAGGGGCCGAGCUGGUGGACUCGGUGCUGGACGUGGUGCGGAAGGAGUGCGAGAACUGCGACUGCCUGCAGGGCUUCCAGCUCACCCACUCGCUGGGCGGCGGCACGGGCUCGGGCAUGGGCACCCUGCUGAUCAGCAAGGUGCGCGAGGAGUACCCCGACCGCAUCAUGAACACUUUCAGCGUGGUGCCGUCCCCCAAGGUGUCAGACACGGUGGUGGAGCCCUACAACGCCACCCUCUCCAUCCACCAGCUGGUGGAGAACACGGAUGAGACCUACUGCAUCGACAACGAGGCGCUCUACGACAUCUGCUUCCGCACGCUCAAGCUGGCCACCCCCACCUACGGCGACCUCAACCACCUCGUCUCGGCCACCAUGAGCGGCGUCACCACCUCCCUGCGCUUCCCCGGGCAGCUCAACGCCGACCUGCGCAAGCUGGCGGUCAACAUGGUGCCCUUCCCACGCCUCCACUUCUUCAUGCCCGGCUUCGCCCCGCUGACGGCCCGCGGGUCCCAGCAGUACCGCGCCCUCACCGUCCCCGAGCUCACCCAGCAGAUGUUUGAUGCCAAGAACAUGAUGGCCGCCUGCGACCCGCGCCACGGCCGCUACCUCACCGUGGCCACCGUCUUCCGCGGCCGCAUGUCCAUGAAGGAGGUGGACGAGCAGAUGCUGGCCAUCCAGAGCAAGAACAGCUCCUACUUCGUGGAGUGGAUCCCCAACAACGUCAAGGUGGCCGUCUGCGACAUCCCGCCCCGGGGGCUGAAGAUGUCCUCCACCUUCAUCGGCAACAGCACGGCCAUCCAGGAGCUCUUCAAGCGCAUCUCGGAGCAGUUCACGGCCAUGUUCCGCCGCAAGGCCUUCCUGCACUGGUACACGGGCGAGGGCAUGGACGAGAUGGAGUUCACCGAGGCCGAGAGCAACAUGAACGACCUGGUGUCCGAGUACCAGCAGUACCAGGACGCCACGGCCGAGGAGGAGGGCGAGAUGUACGAGGACGACGAGGAGGAGUCGGAGGCGCAGGGCGCCAAGUGAUGCCGACCCCCCUCGCCAUCGCCCGCCGGCCCCGCUGCUUCCCGGGGGGGGCCCCGCCCUCGCCCCUCGGGUGUGUGCCCCCCCCCCCCCCCCCAUCCCUGCGUUAGCUCGGCCCCUCCCGUGACCCCCCCGGCCUCCCCCCCUCCCCCUUUUCGUUUUUUACUGGUUCGUGUCUAAUAUUUUUUUUGGAAUACUCAAUAAAUUUAUUGCUGUCCGGUUC